AUGACAAUUUUAACAUUCAAGGUGCAAGGAUUUUCAACUACUCCAAAAUUAUACAUCAUUCCACAAGACGGUUAUAACACAACUCGCGGAGCCAAAUCUUGCAGACCGUUAGGAUAUAGUAUUGAUACCAAGACUGGGUCAUAUUGUUCAUCCCUUCCUCCAAGCAUAGCCUCUAAACCAGUAGGAACUCUUGUGUCUGCUUAUGACAAGCUUUACUAUGUUGCAACUCCAUGGUGCUCAUCAACAAUUAAGGAGCCCUCCUUCGAGAGAUAUGAUCAUGAUCAAGACCUUUGGGAGCGAAUGAUUUCUUUUCCAUUUUAUCAUGACUAUGGGAGCCAUACUGAAAUAAUUGGUUAUGCCGUUUGUUAUGGCGUUAUUUUGUUUUCAUUGUCGGACUCCUACAUGAAUUCAUAUGUGGUUGCAUUUCAUGAGAGUAGAAACCAAUGGAAUCAAGUGACUUCCACUUCUUAUGCUUCUUUUCGAGGGAGGGCCGUGGUUGUAGGCAACACUAUCUAUGCCUUACAUGCGAUUAUGGAGGAGGUGAUUAUAGCAUUCUCAUUUAGGAUGGACAAAGGUGAAGACGAUGGCAUUGCAUAUUACCUAAGCCCAAAAUUUAUAUUGCGUGGCCUGAAGAUUGUUCAUCCACUAGUGUCAUUUUGUGAGCUUAAGACAGGGUAUUUGGUUCAUUUGCGCAACAAAGACUUUUCUCAUGUUAAGACUGGCAGUCCCAAUGGUGAAGCAUGUCCUGUGGUUCAAUAUCUUUGUAUCACCACGUUUCAAAUUAUUGUUGGAAAAGGGGGAAGAUCCAUGAUCAAGACCAUACAUUCACAUGUUCGUCCUGUGGAUAUCAAGGGCCGUGAAUGGUUCUCGCUUGAGUUCUGCUUCACGGCGUAA